AUGUCUCAAGAUCAUCACCAACAUCCCUACUUUGCUACUCGUACACUACCAAAUGAUGUUUUUCACUUGCAAAGAAUGAACCAACAACAACAUGAUAUUCCACAUAAUCAAACAAGUGGAAUAUCUAAUGAUACUCCAAUCAUGUUUGAAUAUUGGGAAAUAACAACUUACUGUGAUCUUGAUAUGGAUAUAGAUGAUAGCGAGGAACGAGCUGGUUGUUUCAUCUGCUGCUGUGAAUUUCAGAAUGGAGAUACAUUAGUCACACUUCCAUGUAACGAUGUGUUUCAUUUAGAUUGCUUCAAUGAGCGGCUGAGGAGGAGGAAUGAUUGUCCGUUUUGUAGUACUGAAGUUUUGUCCACACACGAAGAAAUAAUAGAAGAAGAAGAAGAAGAAGAGGAGGAGGAGUUCGAGGAUGAAGAAAUAGAAGAGGAAGAAGAAAAGUUCGAGGUUGAAACAAGAACUUAUUAUUCUUCUGUAAUGGAUAUAGAUGACGACGAGGAACAAGAAACAUGUGCGAUAUGUUUAUGUGAGUAUGAAGAUGAAGAUACUAUUGGCAAACUUCAAUGUGGCCAUGAGUUUCAUGUUGGCUGCGUCAACAAGUGGCUGCAGCAAAAGAAUGCAUGUCCGUUUUGUAGAGCUGAAGUUUUGCCCACACAUGACUAG